UCCCUUUAGGUUGCUCCCUGCGCUCCUCCUUCUACUCCCUCCAGAACUCUCUCUCCCCCCUCCCCGCACCCUUUCCUGCCCUCCUCCUCCCUCUCUCAACUCCUUGGGAUGUUUGAAGGACUGGGUAUCCCUGCAGGCAGUACUCAGUGUGUUUGGUGUGUUCAGUGUGUGGAUAGCCGAAGGAGCAGAAUGGCACACAGGGGCUGACAGCAGGGGAAAACAACCGAGGUUAAAUCAGGUCUGAACAGGGAUCAAUCUGGACUCUGACUAGCCAAAUUAAGUUAUAUUUUAUACCGUAGGAAAGCCUGUAAUACUGUAGGUAAGCCUGAAGACAGAUUGGAAACCUUGAAGUGCAGAGAUGCGCUGGGUGUGCCGUCAGUCUUGCCCAGCUAUGUGUCUGUGGGCUCUACUGCUCCUGGAGGUGGUUCCAGCACAAUCUUACCGGACCCCCCACGACAAGGACAAAGACCAGGACCGGCAACGGGACAGGGGACAAGAUCUUGGGGACCAGUAUCAUGCAGACCCCAGGGAGCACCACCGGGAUGCUGGGGAGGUGAGGAGGGGGGAGUGUCGUCGGUGUUGUGACACGGGAGAGGAGCCCCCACCUCAGUAUGCCAACACUCAUGUCCCGCCACACUACCCUCAGUACCAGGUGGUGCCUCAGAUCAACAUCACCAUCCUCAAAGGUGAGAAAGGGGACUCAGGGGAACGUGGCCCCUAUGGUAAAUCAGGGAAGAUCGGCCAGAUGGGAGUGCGAGGCCCCAAUGGCCUCAAGGGGACCAAGGGGUCCAUAGGGGCCUCCGGGGAGUCCUGCAAGGUCUACUACGCUGCCUUCUCUGUGGGCCGCAUGAAGGCCGUCCACUCCAACGACUACUACCAGACUCUGGUGUUCGACACGGAGCUGGUCAACCUGUACGGACACUUCAACAUGUUCACAGGCAAGUUCUACUGCUACAUCCCUGGCAUCUACUACUUCAGCCUGAACGUGCACACCUGGAACCAGAAGGAGACCUACCUGCACGUGAUGCACAAUGAGCGGGAGGUGGUGAUCCUGUACGCCCAGCCCAGCGACAGGUCCAUCAUGCAGAGCCAGAGCCUCAUGCUGCAGCUGGAGCCUCAGGACCAGGUGUGGAUCCGACUCUACAAAGGAGAGAGGGAGAACGCCAUCUUCAGCGAUGAUUUUGAUACCUACAUCACUUUCAACGGACAUCUAAUCAAGCCCAAGAGCGAGGUGUAGGGGGUUUGUGUGUGUGUGUGUGACAUGUAGAGGAUGCGACAAGUGACAAGUAUGAGAUCAAAUCUAAUGUCAAGGAUAUUUCAAUCAAAUGAGCAUUUGUAAAACAUGGUGCUUUAAUUAAAAUCUUGAACUUUUCUUGGUGCUCUACAGACACUAGGGGAAGAAUAAAAAGUUGAAGAGGUAUAUACAGUUAUAUCAUGCCUUUGUCAGUUUUGUGAAAACAAAUUAGUUAGGCUUGGUGCAAUUACUAUACCACAGUGCACUUCAUUCCGUCACAGUAAGAAACAUUCUGAAGAUCAAAUAAAAAAUAUAAAAGACUUGUAAAGUACGAGUAACAAGCUAUUUUAGUGAGUAAACAGAUAGUCGAUUGCGAUGCAGCUCUGCCAUGGAAAAUCCAUCUUAGCUUCCUGUGGCUGUGUGAGUUGAUGACAGACAAUCAAACCAUUUGUUUCCUAGAACCUUUUGACAACAGCCAAUCAGAUUAGCCAGUUCCAGAACGCUAGUUGGUCUCCAAGGCCAAGGAUCGGUCUGGGCCCGGGCCCUUUUCCAAACCAAAUAUUUAACCCCGGACUCAGUUCCAAUCAAAAUAUCCCUGCCUAUCCCCAGACUACUGGCUGGAUCCUGCCUUGCAAAGUGUGACAGAGAAGGGCCAAACUCUCAACCUUGCCUCUAAGCCUCACCUCCAAACUCCUUAUAUCCUGCCCUCUAAGCCUCACCUCCAAACUCCUUAUAUCCUGCCCUCUAAGCCUCACCUCCAAACUCCUUAUAUCCUGUCCUCUCAGGCUGAGCCAGGGGGGACAGAAGAGGACUAGAGAGGGUGGAGGAGCUGGGUUGGGAUUGGGCUCCAACAGGAAACACUUUCUCAAGUCCAGAAACAGUCUGACCAGAUGACAGGACAUGCCUUCUCCAGCCCCCAGUCGGACACAUUCUGCCAGCAGCCCUGUCUGAGAGAGCUGCUCAGACAACAUGUAAGCACUGAGAUACGUGAACGUGAUGUUGACUCUUUAAAU